GCCUACCAAGGCUGUCACUUCAUAGGCAUGCCUGAAUGUGAGGUGCUUCUGGCCCAGUGUGUAGUCUAUUUUGCCAGAGCCCCAAAGUCUAUUGAGGUGUACAGCGCAUACAACAACGUCAAAGCAUGCCUGCGAAACCAGCAGGGGCCUCUGCCCCCCGUCCCGCUGCACCUGCGGAACGCGCCCACCAAGCUGAUGAAGGAUCUGGGCUACGGCAAGUGCUACAAGUACAACCCCCUGUACAGCGAGCCCGUGGAGCAGGAGUACCUGCCCGAAGAGUUGAGAGGAGUGGAUUUCUUUAAGCAGAGGCGAUGCUGACUCCGAGGCUGUGACAUCAGAAGGAUGUUCUUCUUCUUAGGGAGGGCCAGAAAGAGUGACUGAGCGUGAAGGUGGUUGCCUGGUGGAAGCUAAAGCAGACCAACAUUUUGUGCCAGGAAUGUGAGUCCUCAGGUGGAGGCACAGUCACUUCAACUGAAUGUGUCGCGAUGAAAUAGUGUGCAUUUGCACUCUGCAGUGGUUAUGUUUAUGAAAAUAACCUGGCAGCUUUGUGCAAUGAAUUAAUGUUAUAAGGAGUUAUCUAUUUUGUCAUAGUAUUUAAGUCAUAAUGUCAUUUCAGAAUUCAGUUCUGUAGGAUUUUUUUUUUCUUUAAAAAAUGUAUACUCUGGGUAGUUUCAAUUGGUAAAAAAAUGUAAUUGUGAUUUAAUACUGCAUAGUGUUUUGGGUAUUUUUUUUAUAUGCAAAGGUCUUAUGAACCAAUAAAACUAUUUCAAAGUA